CCAAGCCUCUCUUUCAAGUCGAAUCAUUACCGAGUACCCCCUACAAAUUCAUCGUAUCCCACAAUUCAUCCAUCAGCCACGCCGCAAAAACAAUGGUGGCCGACGACAAUGUCGACAUUGUCGACAAGAAGUUGAAGAAGGAAAAGAAGAGCAAGGAUAAAUUAGAAAAGAAGGAUAAGAAAGAUAAAAAAGAUAAAAAGCGCAGCGAGAACGACGGUAUCCACAAGGAGAAAAAGGAUAAGAAGAAGGAAAAGGCAAAGCAAGAAAAGCUUGCGCGGGUGCUCGAUGCCCACCUCCAAGCCGAUGCCGCCAAAUCCGAGGUGAAGGACGAGGAUAUCAAGGUUGAGGACCAAAAGAUCAAGGCUAAGAACCAGGAUAUCAAGGUUACAGACCUGGAUAUUAAGGACGAGAAGAAGAUCAAAAUCGACCCGGAAGACUUGAUCAAGCCCGCCGAGGAGCUUGUUCCCUUUGCGCUGCCGCUUGCCGACGAAAAGACUCACAAAAAGAUCUACAAGUUGAUCAAGAAAGGCGCCAAGCUCAAGUCGAUCCACCGCGGCGUCAAAGAAUGCGAAAAGGCCAUCAAGAAGUGCCCGCCCAAGACGGCCGCGUCGGCCGCCACCAGCGACGCGCCGGGCCUGGUCAUCAUCGCCGGCGACAUCUCCCCGAUGGACGUCAUCAUGCACUUCCCCAUCCUGUGCGAGGAGCACGGCGUGCCCUACCUGUACGUGCGCUCACGCGCGGACCUGGGCGUGGCGGCGUGCACCAAGCGCGCCACCAGCGUCGUCAUGCUCAAACCCGAGGGCAAGAAGACCAACAACAACAACAAUAACGACGACAAAAAAAAGAAGGACAAGAAGAAGAGCGAUGAUGCCGUGAUGGAGGUGGACGCGGACAACGAGGACGGCGGCGACAAAAAGGUCAGCGCCGAGGAAUACCUCGAGUCCUGGAAGGAGCUGGUCAAGGUGGCCGAGAAGCAGUGGAAGAUCCAGGUACAGCCGUGGGUCAAGGGCGUGCACCCGCUGCAGAUUGCCGAGAGGGAGAAGUCGAGACAGCAGAGCAGCCGCUACUGA